AUGGAACCAUUGCUGUUUGAUAGUGGGAAGACAAAUCCCUCCCAAGAUGUUUUUAUAGAUGUAGAAGUUGGCGAGAUUACCACAAAAUAUGGUUCUACGAAUUCCGGAUCGUUCAGUUCGAUGGACACAGUGGAAGCGCAGGAGAUAAAGACACGCACAGCGAGGUUUAUGGAAGUGCCGCAGGGUAGACAUUUGGGUGUAUUUUCUACUGUUGUCUUGUUUGUUUCCAGAAUAAUGGGAUCUGGUAUAUUUGCAGUACCCAGUGUAAUCCUACUGAAUACAGGUGGUAAUAAGCUGAUAUACUUUGCGAUUUGGAUUUUCAGCGCUAUGAUUGCAUUUGCAGGGUUAUAUCUCUUUCUGGAGUUUGGUUCAUGGAUACCGAAAUCUGGAGGGCGUAAAAACUUUCUCGAGCACAGUUUCGAAAAGCCCAAACUGUUGAUUAGUGUGGUGUUUUCCUGUUAUAGCAUUUUGACUGGAUACGCCCUAACAGGUUCUAUUGUAUUUGGUAAGUACGUGCUGAGCGCAUUUGGGGUUACGGAUGACUCCUGGUCCAAGUACGUCAGCAUAUCCUUUAUUGUCCUAGCGGUCCUUAUUCACGGUGUCUCUGUAAAACAUGGAGUCUUCAUACAAAAUGCUCUUGGCGGUCUGAAGUUGCUCAUGAUUGUCCUGAUGUGCUUCGCUGGACUAUACACUUUAAUAUUCUAUAAGAGUACCGAUCAGGUCGCCUGGGAACUACCGAUAACUCAAGUUGAGAAGGACUCUCUACUGUCCGUAUCUUCCGUGGCCACUGCUUUUAUCAGCGCAUUUUUUUGUUUCUCUGGCUGGGAUACAGUCCAUACAGUGACAUCAGAAAUCAAGAAUCCGGUCAAGACGUUGAGAGUGUCAGGUCCAUUAUCAUUGAUAAUUUGCUUUGUCUGUUACACGAUGAUGAACAUUGCAUACUUGAAAGUUUUGACAUAUGAGGAAAUUGUUAACGCAGGUCCCCUUGUCGGUUCAGUGUUGUUCACGAAGCUUUUCGGACCGCAAAUUGGUGGCAAAUUCAUUGCUUUUUCCAUUGCCAUCUCGGCAGCUUCCAAUAUUCUCGUCGUUAUUUAUGGCAUAUCAAGGGUUAAUCAAGAAAUCUUCAAAGAGGGUUAUCUACCGUUCAGUACACAUAUGUCCAAAAAUUGGCCCUUCGAUGCACCUUUACCAGCCAUUUCUUUAUGUGGCUUUAUAACCAUUGCCUGGAUAUUAGUAUUGCCCAAGGAGGGCGAAUCCUUCAACUAUCUAGUUUCGAUGGAUGGUUACGGUAAUCAGUUUUUCCUACUUUUGGUUGCUAUUGGGUUAUUUAUUUGGAGGUUCAAACAUAAACACGAAGCGCCCGAGAUUCGUGCGCCUACUUUUGGCGUUUUAGCGAUUAUUACGUUAUCGUUAUACAUGCUGGUGGCCCCAUUCCUGGCAGAUGCCAGCCUGAACAGAGUUGGAUUCUUACCACCUUAUCAAAUCAUGUCAUUAUUAGUGAUACUUGCAUGCUUCUUUUUCUGGCUAGCAAAGUUUGUAAUACUACCGAAGAUUUUCCAUUAUAAACUUCUACCCAAGAUUACGUACUUGCAAGAUGGCCUCAUUAUCACGGAAUGGGUCCGUAAAUCAUACUCAAAUUAA